CUGACGGAACUACUCUGUCCUCCUCAUUACUGAGGGUCAGGCCGUAAUGUCUCCUUGCUGUGAUCAUUGUAGCAACUCCCAUGCAAGAUCAGCGGCCAUUUCUUUGAAGACUAGUUUAUGUUAGCUCGGGAACUAGUUUUGUGAUCUACCGCAUCUAAGCACAUCUUGCAGCUGAGCGAAACGCCGCGGCCUCACUCCGGCAACGGCCUUGAUGGCAUAUAGGGCGUGUCACUGUUACUUCCCGACCUCGAUUGAUUUCUGUGAAACCGGUUUCAAUAAUACGAGGAAAUUAACCGUUUAAUGACACUCGUAGACUGGCUUACUGCUAGGCAAGUCCAAAAACCAAUAUUUCGCCCUUGCUUUCGGCGAAUGCAAAACCUUGGCGCUUGUUUCUCCUCUUACUUCAAUUAAAACAGGCUCUUUCGGAUGCGAACAGAAGUUUGAAGAAGGUCUUACUUGAGACCAACGAGGCCAUAUCCAAGCAAAAGAAGACGUUAACCAACCGUAGCACGUCCACGCUUCCGUCGGAGAUCGGUUUUGAUGUGAUUGCUGUCGAUCGUCUCGCUCAACUUCAGAGUGAACUUCAAGACCUGAGAGUCAGGCUGUUUGUCGACCGGCAAGACACAGCUACCUGUACUGCUGAUGACUGCGGUGUAUGUGUCAAGGAAGUUGGGCUGCAAGCCACGUGUACUGACCCUGGAAGAUUGUCGAGUGACCUGGCCGCUUCUGUAAACCCCCACGUACGUUACGCGAUUUGUUUUCGCUCUCACUCUUGGCUCAACUUUUUACACCUCGGACCUAGUUCACCAUUUAUACCCACUGCCCACUUAUUUUAAAGGACCCCUGUUGUCCAGCGCCACGAUAGGCUAUCUGCAAUGCAGCUAAAAUAGAAGAGUGGUUGCUGCCACCAAUGGCGUCCAUGGGAUUUAAUACCAAGAUCACAUCAAGGAGGCAGUGCUCUUUGGCAGUCAGUAGCGACCACAUCCGACGCAUCCACCGUGCAAAACCCCACUCCACCCGUCCGCGCCACCACCACCACCUCCUCUGUAGGUGACAAUGACACCGCCGAUUUCUCAUGCUCACACUGUCCACGCACAUUCACCUCACGCAUCGGCCUGGUCGGUCACUCGCGAAUUCAUCGCACAGAGACUGGAGAACCAGUGCCUGGAGUACCAACCUAUACUCACCAAGCUCGUCUCAACUGCCCACACUGCCCUCGCUCCUUCAGGCAUCGCAUGGGCCUAUUCGGCCACAUGCGCAUCCACGACGACCUGCAGUAGACAACCGCCGGCCACACCACACAUUCACUCACUCCCUACCACCACCACCAUCACCCCACCACACAUCAACACUCCCGCACCUCAUGCACCCAACUGUCACCUCCCACGCAAGUGGGAAGUGUGCAUCUCGACUCGGUCCUCAUGCGGCUUCGGCUGCAGGGGUCACUUGAGUCCGAGCCUAUCCCGACACGGCAAGCGUCGUGGAUAGAAAGGUUGCUGAUUGACGCCCGCUCUCGGUUCACGCAGUUCGUCGCGUUGUGUGUGUUGUGUGUAGUGGCGGACUGGUGGGCUGGGCAGCGAGCUGAAACAGCACCUUCCACGGCCCUCUCACGCAAGUGAGAGACACGCCGUUCAACCCACGUUGUGUGAAAUCCUGGUGUUUGUGUGUAUGGGGGGCCAGGUCGUGCUGUGGCGCACGCAGGCAUGGUCAGUCGACCGUGUCAGCCACCGCGCCCAUUUCCCCCUCCAGUCUGCUGACCGUCUCGGACAGCGGCUGAGGUGUGGGGAUGGGAAGGGAGAGUGAGGUCGACGACUCAGCGCAUUUUCCUCACUAUAAACAAUCUGACGCGCUUGAAGCUAUCACGGUGCGCUAAAAGCCGUGGCUUGGAAGGUUGCCAAGUGACGGGGUACCUUGGAGCUCCUCCUUGACUGGAGGCGGUCUGAGAGUCAGGCUGCAAUGGCUCCUUUUUAAUGUGGCCUUUAUGGCAUUCCCAUCAGUGUGGGAUCCUAGCCAGGCGUUGGCGGCACGCCUAGGUGCGGCUUCGGCCGUGCCAGCCUCCAAAUCUCUGUUAUGUUGGUUGAAAUCCUGGUUAUUUGUUGUGUGGACCAGGGGGUGUGGUGGAACGCCAAGGUGAGGAUCCGUCCGAGCCAUCCACCUGCGGCCUCCCUCGUCUCCGGUCUUCUUGACUCUGUCUUGACACCGGGCCCAGGCGGGGGAGGAGGAGAGAGUGUAGGUAGAUGCAGCGCAAGUCACCGUCCCUGCUCCCACCUGCUGUGGGGCAUACGGUGGACAUCAUCGAAAUCGAUGGUCGAACUGUCAUAUUUGGAGUAAAUGACAGAAGCCCUUAAAACUCCAUCUAAACGGUACAGCCGUGAAGGGAAAUAUUAAAAUUGCAAAAAUUUUGCAUCUAGUUUUAGUGUGCAGAAUGCAUACAUCUAAUGGUGAGACAUAAAUGUGAAGGUGUGACAUUUGCGAAAUAACAGCGAAAAUAAUCCUCCACUCAUUAGCACUGGAAAUUUUCAUCCGGGUAAAUGUUAAUGGGCGCAUAAGGGUCUGUUGAAUUUAUGUAAGUAGCAUGUUGAUAGGUAUUUAAAUAAUCAGCCGGAUUUAGGAGCUUGGUUUGUCUAUUGACAGACGAUUAUCCAGAUCUCUCUUCAACACACGGUAGGGAAGUUAACAAAAUACGUUGACAAGGAAUUCUACUGGUAAAUAACUGUCUGCGAGAAAAAGGAGGAACGUUGAUUUGCGUGGCACAGUUCUUUUGUAAGCUAGUAAUCGUGUCGCCUGAAAUUAGUCUUUGGUGCCAUUUCGAAAAGAGUUUCCCAAUAGACAUACAGAUGAAGCCCUCUUAACAACUGAAACGUUUCUACGAUGUCACCUCUAUCCUGCCUGUAGUGGAGUCAAUAGAGGUUCAAGGCCGUCAGGCGCUGCUCGUGCGUGAAAUUUUUGAGUUCAUGAACAGCCCUUGUAGGACGUGGCAAGUAGUCAUCUACCCGAUUUUGUUGCAGCAGUGUACACUCAGCGCGGUAACCUCUCCUUGUAUUAAAUUAUUUUCAUAAUGUCAACUUUUUCUGUACUGAUGGUUUUGCUGUUUCUACUGAGUAAUCAAUGCCUCUCCCUGUCUGUUUUGUCAGCUCUUAGACGUAGAAGAGGAUGAUCCUAAAGGACAGCAUGGAACCCUCUCCGCGGAUGUUGCAAAGGCGGGCCAGGCGUACUCGUUAUCUCUGGACGUUACUGCUGCUGCCGCUGAUGCUACAAUUGGCGCCCGCAUUGAUACUGUUUCUCUCCAGAAGCUAACGGAUGUCCGGGGUGUGCUUUCGACUCUUCGCUCGCGGUUGGAGGCUGAGGAAGCAGUUCGUAGAGCUGAUCGUGUCACUUGCACCGAAGGCGUUGCCUUGGGAGAGGAGAGCAACACUAAAUUGAAGGCCAAGCUAGCUACACUGACAUCGCAUCUGGCUGCCUCUGUGAGGUCAAGGGUCAGUUUUGAAGACUCCUUCUGUUUUUAAUCGUAAUGAAUCACCAAUUUUCGCGCUUGUUAUUUAGUGGCUUCUGUCAUGCAGGGGACGCCUGCUGUUCGCGCACGUGUCUCUCUUCUUUCCUCCCCCCUCCUCUUCUUCCUUGCUUUUUCUUCUUCAUCGCACUUUUUUCCUUCCUUUAUACUAAAAUGGCGUCCGGCCCAAGUUUUUUACACCCAGUGCUCGUCCCCUCCGGAUGUCCAUUGUGUCUGUGAGAGCCAUUUACUCCCGAGUACAUCCAGAGCUGAAUAAGGACUUCCACAGAGUGUGAGAAGCCAGUCUGGCCAGGUCAUGUGUUGAGCUUGCCGUUCUCUCGGCCGAUAUCGAGAAUAUUCGAGUUCAUAUAGGGAGGACAAAUUGUUUCAAGCCGGCUUUUGAGUUUACCCCCUCCUCGACGCCCCCAGGGGGGCAGCAACGCUGAGCUCAUGAGGCGAACGACGAAAAAUGUGCCCAAGCCGCCUCAGUCGUCUUUACUGGAUAACCUGAGAUAUCCUCGCGGUUUUGUCACAUCGAGUGCGGAAUGUAUGUCAUUUGAGAAGUUGGUGUACUUGCGUUCGCACGACGCCCGAUACCGCCUCCGGUCGGCCUGACCCCGUCUUGUCACCGGGUCUCGGUGGGUGAGGGAGGAGGGGGUUCGGCAGUUGCUGCGCUACUCUGCUAUCACUAUAAUCCAAUUCAUGCGCAAGUCACUGUCCUGCUGUUAGGCACACGGUUGACGUCCUCGUAUCCUACGGUCAAACUGACGCGUACUACUAACGAAGCAUGUUCCUCGGGUAGCUAUGAUCGAAUACCUUUAGUCUUGCUUGUCUUUAGCGCGCACAGACCAGCAUUCUCAACCAUUGAAGAGAACUAGUCGUACGGAUGCCUGGUAGACGCAAAUAUUUGUGGGAGUGGAUUGUAUAGACCCUGCGAGGAGCAGUGAUCCGAGAAACGAUGUCGUCCUUACUCUGUCUAUUCGGCAUCAGCCUCGCCUCGAGGUAUUAAACACUGCCUACUUUUGCAGACUGAUAGUCAUUUCUUCCGAAGGAUGCCUUCUCCUAGUCAGGAAUAUAGCUCAAAAACAGUUUAGCCUUCCUUGCACUUACGAAUAGGCUGACGGGUUUCGCGAAUUCAUUCCACCGUGAUACCACAGACUGUAGAUCACCAAAUCUUAGGGCUUGCAAAAUGACAUCGUCAGCCUUCGUACGGGUGCAAACGCUACACCGUCAAAGUCGCAUAGACUCCUUCUGAGAAUCUAGUAAAAGCGUAGUUGUACAGAAAUGGCAACAGUAUAAACCUUUCCGAACGCCAGAGCUUAUAUCAAACGGUUGGGAUAGAUUUUUAUGGACCAGGACUCGCGCAGUGAUGGAGUGAUAGUAAGCCUUGAUUAUGGCGAUGAUUUUUGCCUGCAGGCCAUCUAGUUCCACGAUGGAUUGAGUCGAAAGCAGUGGCGAAGCCACCCAAACACGGCCGUCGGUUGCCGGUAACUAUGGAUGAAUCCUAGAACCCGUCUCAGUGUGAAUAUUUGGUUCGUGCACCCACGCCCGAUUCGAAAUCUGACCUGGUUGUACCUCCUAAAGUCACCCAGUCUGGAAUUGCCGGAUAUGGGCGCCAGUGAAAACCUUCGCAGCAACGUCGAUUAGGCCUAUGCCGCGAUAGUUCUAACAAUUUGUUUUAUCUCACCUCUUGAAGACAGGCAUAAUGAUGCCUGAACCCCAGUCACCAGGUUCUACCUCAUCUCAAUCGCCUCACCAAGCCAGGACGCCAGUUUCGAUACAAGAUUUGUAGCUUUCGGUAGGAAUAUAGUCCUCUCCGGGUGUCUUAUUUUUAUCCAGUCCCCUUCCUGCAUUGGCGAUGUCUCUCUCAAAGGGGGUCAUAUGACAGUGCAUAUAUUAGAAGGGGAUAAAACUCUGCUAAUGAGGAAAGCGAGGGCGUGACGGGUUAUGCAUUGGAGUUCAGGAGGUGCUUGGAGUGGUCACGCUACUUCGAGGUGUUCGCACCGCUUCUUUACUAGAUCCUCCAAUCUCCACUGAUUCAAAUCCGCGAUUACUAUUUUAAUUGUCUAACUCACGAUAAGCAUAUCCUGGCGAAUGCCGUUUCUAUGGUCUUCUACCGUUAUCCAUCUCGUACUUCGUUCUGUUAGUCUAACGUCUUUUAGUGUACCGCCUUCCAACCUACAUUGUUUUUGGCAUCUCGAGCGCUAAUCUGCUUUAGCAGAGUUCCGAUCGCCUAAGCUGGGCUAUAACGCCCAGCAUCGCUGUGCUGAAGACGCAUGCACAUUUUGUCUGGGGAUGGGGUUUUGAUUCUCGUUUUAAGUCCCAGAUGUUGAGUCUAAUUCCGCAGCCCCCCCCCCCUCCCCCAAAUAUUGAAUUUGCUUCUCUUGUCAGGCUGACCAACUUUUCUUCCUCCUUUUUGCAGGCGCAGCUAAGGACGGAACUUUCCAAUCUUCGCUUCAACAUUGAGGUACUUCCCUGCCCUACUCAUAUUCUCUUAACGGUGGCCGGCUGAUGCUAACAGAAGUCGCUCUAAUCACUUAUUUCCCUCGCCAAAUACAAUUGUCGCUUGCCAACAUUACAUUGUCAUUUUCCAGGGAUAUGUUUGAAUUAGUUUUGCAGAGAUGGCAAGUUUCACUUCUAUCGUUUUGCCCCUUCAUGGACGUCGCGGUUAGACCUUUCACUGCUAACUUCUCUUCCCUUUUUAGGAACUCGAGGGUGAAAAGGAAAUCCUCCAGUUCGAAGUAGAUUCCUCUCGACGCUUGCUAGAUCUUACCCAAAAGGUGUGGAAUGUCCUUUGCUGUUUACCUGUUUUGGUUUGAUUUCCCUUUGUAGAUUUUUUUCAGUCAAAAUCUCCUUGUAGUGCACGAGGUUUGCAUCCUUGCCGGUCGAAUCGACUCUAGUGACCCGACUUCGCGGGACAUCGAUAAAUGGCGUGCAGUUUCCCUAGAGUUUAUCACCUAACUUCUUUCCUACAAUUAGACAUGGACAGUUGGCACUUAUGAAUUUGCGACUUCAGCAGCACUUCAUUCAAAUCGUAACUAUAAGAACAUUUUGCUUUGAAUCCUUAACGUCACGGGGGCUAGGCGUGGCUGCUCUUGUCGGCUGUCUAAGUGUACUCUAAUAAAUUCUGAAGACCCGAACUGUUUGGGACCAAUAGACAGCAAAUCACACAAAAGAUUCGCGCGAAUGACGCACACAGACAGUGUCAGCUUGGCCAUCGCAUGCAGCCAUGUACACUGUGUGCCCCCAGCGCUUUGGAAGUUGCCCUCUUUAGAACAUUCGUAUGUGACGCAUGUAACGUAUGAGGUAGUAAUUACUUCUAUAAAAGGUAAGCAUUGUGUGUGGACAACUUUAAGGCAUUUUGGCCUCACGCCGGUAUAGCCCUUUGUUCCCUCAUAAAGUAAACCGGCUGGCCGACUUUCAAGACCUGCCUAACGGCAUCUUCCCGGACAUUCAGUUCACAAGGAAAGAAGAGCAUGCCGAACAGCUGCCUUUCCUUGACGCUCUCGUCGCAUGCACACCCAACGGAGAACCCAGCACCACGGUGUACAGAAAGGCGACUAACACGACUCAGAUCCUCAAUUACCAUCGUAACCACUCAAUGGCGCAUAAACGCAGCUGUGUUAGAAAACUCUCCCAAAGGGUAAAAAUGCACUGUAGUGAGCCAGAGGGACGAGUACGAGAAAUAUGGCAUCUUCGGGACCAACUGGUAAGGAAUGGACUCCCGAACAACUUCGUCAGCCGCUGCCUCCGCACGCACCCACAGCGAAAAAACGGAUGAGAGUCGCCAACACUGGCACCCUCUACCAUAUAUAAAGAACGUGUCCGAAGCGAUGGAACGUAUCGCCGGAGAGCUCGGUGCAGGUAUCCCUCACCGUCGGACAGCUACUAUGCGCAAUAAAAUCAUGCGAGUGAAGGAUCGUCUAGACGUUGCAGAACAAUCGGGUGUCGUCUAUCAGAUCCCAUGUCGGGACUGUCCUCGCCGCUACACGGGACAGACCGGACGACAACUUAGCUCACGAAUAACGGAUCAUAAACGGGUGGUCCGGAGAGGCGACCCGUUGUCUCAGGUCGCCUCUCACAUCCUGAGGAAGACCACAAAUUCCACUUCGCGAGCACGCGGAUAGUAACGCGGGCCAGCAAUAAGACAGGGUGAGAAGUGCUGGAGGCCUGGGCGUCUGGCACCAAUUCUAUCAACAGAUACGUUGACAUACCCCCCUACUGUCACGCGCUCCGUUCCUGCGACCAAGAGGCGAGACUUAAUUUCCAGCCAAAGCUGCAUGCAGUCACGCCGUCGUGAGAAUACCACCCUCUGCACUCAUAUCCCUCCCCUUCAUGGCUUGACUACAAAAACUGCUCAUUUGAUGCCGCAUUCUCAGUCUCUGACGAUGGCCUCCUGUACGAGACCGAAAGCUCAGACUUAUACAUCUACUAUUCCAGAGAUCGUUUGUUCAUCUUUACAACAAGAACUUGGGAUUCGCAUAUUCGCUUCCAUCCAUAAAGUAAACUGUUUAUGUACUUUUUAAACUAUUAUGGCACGCUAAAAUUGUGACUUAGAAGGCCGUCAACUGAUUGUCAACUCGGUUUUGCAUCGAAUCGGGAGCCAUCCGGCAACGGCUCCUUAAUGUGGUCCUUGUAGCAACCAUUCAAGGCAAGACCCGGGAUCCUUCCUCUGAAUGUCGGUUCACGUGCUUUGCGCCACCUCAGCCACUGCGUCCGGUCUCAGCUCCAGCUGGUCUGACUCGGAAUUACCGCUGUUGUGUCUACGAUGACGAGAGGGGAUGGACGGUACGGCCGUGGUAACGCGGAUCCAGUUCAUACAGUCCUCGCGCUCUUUAGAUUGCCACGAAAUGCUAAAUGCCGUAACUGGAAAGGCUGCUGACCGCGGGCAUAAUUCAGUCCUGUAUCACGGGCUGGUCUGCAGUGGCCCCUGUACAGCGUGGCCUUCGAUGUGGGCUCUGACACCCCUGAAGCUGUUCCUGUGGACUUGGAAGUCAACACGAGUGUGUUGUGGUUAGACGUCGGUUUAUUUUUCGUCAUCCACUGCGUCGGUAAUUCAUCUCCGAUCUUCUUGGCCAUGUCUUGCCAUUAAAACGGUACUUGAAAAGAGCGGGCGGAGUAGGUGUUGCGGAAUUUUGCUUUGUUGCUAACGAGCCACACGCAAGUUACCACUGUCCCCUCCCCAGACGGCGACGCUAUCCUUGUCGGACCUGCUGAGCCAGCUGCCACAUGUAAAAAUAAACUGGGAGUAACUGCACAGCAAGUACACCAAUAGACUUUAUUUUCUGUUUAUGCAUUCGUCUCUCUCUCUCUCUCUCUCUCUUCGUCGACGAAGAGUUCCGCAAAACCGUUUUUAUUUUCUUAUCGCUUCCCCCUUGUCUUUUUUUUCCUACAACUAGUUUUGUCAGCACUUGUUAGAGAGCAGCUAUCUCCUAGCCUGCGUUAUUUCAACAGCAGUUAUCAUGUCUUUAGCAUUGGCCUUGAAAGAUGCCACUACAGGCUUCAUACCUGAGACUGCACCUCCCGAGGUCAAAGUGGACCACGCCAAACACGGAAAGUCACCAUCUGGGAAAUUAUUUAGUACCGUUUUUAAUAGUGUGAAAGUCUGCACUAAACCCGUAGACCCAAAACUUGCGGUUGAUAAUAUUCCCAACCGGAUGCUGUUCCCAGCUGUGAAGCCUUUUUUUCACUUUACAGGAGAACGCAAAACUCAAAUCAAAGUACACGAAAGCUGUCGAUCUGCUGAUGAAGUAUCUUCGUGAGAGUGGGCAACCUUGGCCGUCUCAACUUUAUUGCUCUGACAUGUGA